AUGGUGACAAAUAGUGGAGAGGAUGUUGAUCUAGAAUUGGGAGUUGUAGCAGCAGGGGAAUCAUCAACAGAGAAUGCAUUCAAAGACGAAUAUGUUCCCCCCUGGCACAAACAAAUUACGUUGAGGGCAAUGUUCACUGGAUUCAACUUCAUUGUUUGCAAACUCAAUCUCACUACUGGAUACAGGGUAUUUAUCGCAAUUGCCAUGAUGCUUGGUGAUGGUCUUUUCCAUUUUGCCUACAUGUUGGUGGUCACAAUCUCUAGUUUCACAAAGAGGAAGAGUAGUACUCAGCAAGAUUGUUCAGAAGAAGAUGAUGAAGAUGAAAAGAUACGAAAUGAUUACUUCUUGAAGGACCAGAUUCCCAACUGGGCAGCUGCUGGGGGAUACGCUGGAAUUGCAGUCGUAUCUAUCAUUGUGGUACCCAUGAUUUUCCACUCGCUCAAAUGGUAUCACGUUUUUGUUGCCUAUUUAAUUGCACCUAUCUUGGCCUUCUGCAAUUCUUAUGGAGCCGGCCUCACUGAUUGGUCCCUUGCCUCAAAUUACGGAAAAAUUGCAAUUCUUACAUUUAGUUAUUGGGUUGGUUUGGAGAAUGGUGGAGUGAUUGCUGGACUUGCCUCAUGUGGUUUGAUGAUGAGCAUACUAGACACAGCUUCUGGCUUGAUGGGAGAUUUCAAGACUGGUUACUUAACCCUUACAUCCCCGCGUUCCAUGUUCUUUAGCCAACUCAUUGGUACUGCCAUGGGAUGUGUCAUAACCCCUCUAGUCUUCUGGAUUUUCAACAGUGCCUAUCGAUUAGGUGAUCCAGAAGUUGCCGGUUUAUUCUCAAUUGUCGCACUAAGAAAGAUGAUGAUAAUGAAGUACAAGUUGACGUAUCCAAGUGGAACCGCAACUGCAUACCUGAUCAACUGUUUCCACACUCCUAAAGGAGCAGAGCUCGCCAAGAAACAAGUUGGUUCCUUGUUCAAAUCGUUUGGGUUCAGCUUUAUAUUUGGGGCUGUUCAGUGGAUAUUUGCACGUGCUGAAGGCUGCGGAUUUGCUAGCUUGCAUACAUUUGGUUCCCAAGCAUAUGCCAAAAGGUUAUACUUUGAUUUCUCAUCCACCUAUGUUGGAGUUGGUAUGCUUUGCCCCUACAUGGUCAACAUAUCAUUGCUAACGGGUGCUAUACUCUCGUGGGCUUUCAUGUGGCCAAUGAUUGAAGCAAAGAAAGGGGACUGGUACUCUGCCCAUUUAUCUGCAACGAGUCUUCAUGGUAUCCAAGGAUACAGGGUAUUUAUCGCAAUUGCCAUGAUGCUUGGUGAUGGUCUUUUCCAUUUUGCCUACAUGUUGGUGGUCACAAUCUCAAGUUUCACAAAGAGAAAGAAUAGUACUCAGCAAGAUUGUUCAGAAGAGGACGAUGAAGAUGAAAAGAUACGAAAUGAUUACUUCUUGAAGGACCAGAUUCCCAACUGGGCAGCUGCUGGGGGAUACGCUGGAAUUGCAGUCGUAUCUAUCAUUGUGGUACCCAUGAUUUUCCACUCGCUCAAAUGGUAUCACGUUUUUGUUGCCUAUUUAAUUGCACCUAUCUUGGCCUUCUGCAAUUCUUAUGGAGCCGGCCUCACUGAUUGGUCCCUUGCCUCAAAUUACGGAAAAAUUGCAAUUCUUACAUUUAGUUAUUGGGUUGGUUUGGAGAAUGGUGGAGUGAUUGCUAGACUUGCUUCAUGUGGUUUGAUGAUGAGUAUACUAGACACAACUUUUGGCUUGAUGGGAGAUUUCAAGACUGGUUACUUAACCCUUACAUCCCCGCGUUCCAUGUUCUUUAGCCAACUCAUUGGUACUGCCAUGGGAUGUGUCAUAACCCCUCUAGUCUUCUGGAUUUUCAACAGUGCCUAUCGAUUAGGUGAUCCAGAAGGUUCAUACCCUGCACCAUAUGCUCUCAUGUAUCGUGGAAUCGCCCUACUUGGCGUCGAAGGUUUUGGAAGUCUACCCAAACAUUGCCUCAAUCUCGCUAUUUGCUUCUUUGUUGCUGCUAUUCUCAUCAACCUAGUGACUCAACUGCUGAAGAAAUUUGAGACCAAGUAUAGAAUUUAUCGAUUCAUUCCGAGUCCAAUGUGCAUGGCCAUUCCAUUUUACCUUGGAGGCUACUUUGCCAUUGACAUGUGUCUAGGCUCAUUGAUCCUAUUCGGUUGGCAAAUGUAUAACAAGCAGAAGGCUAAAGAUUUUGGACCUGCAGUGGCUUCUGGUCUAAUAUGUGGUGACUCAUUGUGGGGAAUUCCAGCAUCUGUUCUUGCUCUAGCUGGAGUCAAAGCUCCAUUUUGCUUGAAAUUUUAG